UUGAGUCAUGGAGAUUAAAACAGAGAAUAUAUUCUCUUCUAAUCUGCACUGAACCCUAAACCUGUCAAGAAUUUUUUGGUGAGUGAUGUAUUUUGUACAACGAACGAACAGAAAUAUAUUCUCUUCUACUUUGAGCUUCCAUUACCUGCUGUCGUUUAGUCUUUCUGUAUCCAUUUUUCUCCAUUCUUUCUCCAUUUUUGAUUCAAUUUCUAGGGUUUUUUAGGGAUUUUUUUUGUUAAGCUUGAGGAAGAGCCAUGCCAAAAAUUCGUGAUUUCAGUUGGGGUGAAACAGAAAGAAGAACUGGGGCGCAACUUAAAAAGAUGAUUGUUGGUUCAAGUUUAUUGACAACUCACUUACAUGAAGAGAUAAGGAAACUGCAGAAUCUUGUGUCUAGACUAGAUACGGAGAUAGAUGUAAAGAAUCGAAGGAUCGGAUUCAUGUAAAUAAAGAUGACCAACCUAUCGACGUCGCUUAGUCUAAUGAAAGAAGAGAGAGAUUAACUGAUUCAAGCUUGUGCUGAGCUAACAAUGUCGCUUAGUCUAAUGAAAGAAGAGAGAGAUUAACUGAUUCAAGCUUGUGCUGAGCUAACAACGUCGCUUAAUAGAGUGACGGGUCUCCUGAAACAAGCUCAUCCUGAAGAUAUGAGAAGAAUGCAUGGGAGUAUGAAUGAGAACGAGACAUUGAGAAGAGAGUUAAGAAAUCAAAGGACAGAACUUGCGCAGCAAUGUAAGGAAAUCGAGAAGCGUGAGGCCCAAUUGGUUGUUUUGAGUGAGGAGGUGGAGGAUAUGUGCAAAAAACUGGAAGAGAGAGAUGAUGAGUUGGAUAGUAUGAUUAACCUCAAUAACACCCUUAUAGCCAAAGAGCGCAUUAGUAACCACGAGCUACAGGAGGCACACCAAGUUCUAAUCGAGGGUUUGGAUGGGUUUGCAAAUAUACGUUCGCGUCCUCCUGUUGGGAUAAAGAGGAUGGGGGAGCUGAAUGAGAAACCAUUUCGAGAUAUUUGCAUUGAGAAGUUCUCGAGUACAGAAUGGGAAAUAAAAUCAGUUGAGCUAUGCUCGUUGUGGCAAUAUAAAAUACAAGAUCCAGAGUGGUAUCCGUAUAAGAAAGUGACAAUCGAUAAAAAGCUUCAUGAAGUAAUAAAUGAAGAUGAUGAAAAGUUGAGAGAGCUGAAAGAUGAAUGGGGCGAGGAAGUAUAUGAUGCAGUAGCUAAUGCUUCACUGGAGAUGAAUGAGUACAAUGCAAGUGGAAGAUAUCCAGUUCGGGAGCUUUGGAAUUUCAAGGAAGGAAGACAAGCCAGCUUUAAGGAAGUAAUGGAGUACAUCCUUCAAAAAUUGAAAGCUCUUAAAACUGUUAAACGUCGAAGAUUCUAGCUUAAGAUAAGAGAAUGGCCGUAUAGCUAGAAUAUCCAAAGUUAGCAAGAGUUGCAAGACCCAAGAAGGAAAACUUGUGCUUGCAUGGAUUCCCCUACUGAACAAUGGGAGGUCAAUUUAAAUGCAGAGGAGGUCCCUCCAUGGUUUCCUGAGCCUGCACUGGGAAUCAACUUUGCUAGAGAUGGGAUGCAAGAAAACGACUAGUUAUCUCUGGUUCCGGUUCACGGUGAUGCGUGAUUACUUGCAGUUGCAUUUUAUUUUGGUGCCAUAUUUGGAUUUGAAAAAUACGAAAGGAGUGUGGCAACAUGAUCGUGUAGAGAUUAUUGCUAAUGAUCAAGGCAAUAGAACUACACCUUCUUAUGUUGCUUUUACCGACACUGAACGUUUGAUUGGUGAUGCUGCUAAGAAUCAAGUUGCGAUGAACCCUAUCAACACUGUCUUUGAUGCAAAGCGUUUGAUUGGGAGAAAGGUUUCGGAUUCAUCAGUUCAAGCUGAUAUGAAGCUGUGGCCUUACAAGGUUACAGCUGGACCAGGUGAAAAACCGGUGAUUACUGUGACUUACAAAGGCGAAGAGAAGCAAUUUUCAGCUGAAGAAAUAUCAUCUAUGGUUCUCAUCAAGAUGCGUGAGAUUGCAGAGGCUUACCUAGGUUCUUCUAUAAAGAAUGCAGUUGUUACUGUCCCUGCGUACUUCAAUGAUUCGCAGCGUCAAGCUACAAAGGAUGCUGGUAUGAUUGCUGGUCUUAAUGUGCUGCGCAUCAUCAAUGAACCAACUGCUGCUGCAAUUGCAUAUGGUCUUGAUAAGAAGGCGUCGAGUAUUGGGGAGAAGAAUGUUCUUAUUUUUGAUCUUGGUGGUGGUACGUUUGAUGUUUCUUUACUGACUAUUGAAGAGGGUAUUUUCGAAGUGAAGGCUACUGCUGGAGAUACUCAUCUUGGAGGAGAAGAUUUUGAUAACAGAAUGGUGAAUCACUUUGUGCAAGAGUUUAAGAGGAAGAAUAAGAAGGAUAUCAGUGGAAAUCCUAGAGCAUUAAGAAGGUUGAGGACAGCUUGUGAGAGGGCAAAGAGGACUCUUUCGUCCACCGCACAGACUACAAUUGAAAUUGAUUCCCUCUAUGAGGGUGUUGAUUUCUACUCGUCUAUUACCCGUGCCAGAUUCGAAGAGAUGAACAUGGAUUUGUUCAGGAAGUGUAUGGAGCCAGUAGAGAAGUGCUUGAGGGAUGCUAAGAUGGAUAAGAGCAGCGUUCAAGACGUUGUUCUAGUUGGUGGAUCGACUAGGAUCCCUAAAGUGCAGCAAUUGUUGCAGGAGUUCUUUAAUGGGAAAGAACUCUGCAAGAGUAUUAAUCCUGAUGAAGCUGUGGCUUACGGAGCGGCUGUGCAGGCUGCAAUUUUGACUGGUGCAAGUAAUGAUAACUUGAAUACGAUUUUGCUGUUGGAUGUUGCUCCUCUCUCCCUUGGGCUGGAGACUGCCGGAGGGGUUAUGACUACUUUGAUUCCAAGGAACACCACCAUUCCCACCAAGAAGGAGCAAGUUUUCUCUACCUAUGCCGACAACCAACCUGGAGUGUUGAUUCAGGUGUUUGAAGGAGAGCGAGCAAGAACCAGGGAUAACAACCUGCUUGGUAAAUUUGAGCUUUCUGGAAUUCCACCCGCGCCCCGUGGUGUCCCUCAGAUCACUGUUUGUUUCGACAUUGAUGCAAAUGGUAUUCUUAAUGUAUCUGCUGAGGAUAAAACUACAGGGAAGAAGAACAAAAUCACAAUUACAAAUGAUAAAGGAAGGUUGUCGAAGGAGGAGAUUGAGAAGAUGGUGCAGGAGGCGGAGAAGUACAAGACAGAGGAUGAAGAGCACAAGAAGAAAAUCGAGUCGAAGAAUUCUCUGGAGAACUAUGCAUACAAUAUGAGGAAUACCAUCAAGGAUGAGAAGAUUGGUGGGAAUUUGGAUCCAGCUGACAAGAAGAAGAUUGAGGAUGCCAUUGAAGGUGCUAUCCAGUGGCUUGACAGCAACCAGCUUGCAGAGGCGGAGGAAUUCGAUGAUAAAAUGAAAGAGCUGGAGAGUGUUUGCAACCCGAUUAUUGCAAAGAUGUAUCAAGGUGGUGCUGGACCUGACAUGGGUGGUUUUGGUGGCAUGGAUGAGGAUGGUCCUUCAAUGGGUGGUGCUGGUGCAGGACCCAAGAUUGAGGAAGUUGAUUAAGUUGAACAACUAUCACUGCCUAAGCUCAGUUUAGUUUACUUGUUUUUAAGUUUUAAUUUUUCUGUAACAAAUGAUGAUGGUACAGUCUGGGUGUUGGCUGUUGGAAAUAUCUGAGUUUUAGUCAUAGUUUUGAAAUUGAUUUCGGAGUUUCUU